CAACGUUUUAAAAUCCAACACAGCUCAUUUGCAAACUUUUAACUGAAGGCUAUUAUAAAUUAUUAGAAUUACUAGAUGAAGACUAGUAUUUUGUAAUAAUGCAUUAAACUCCUUGAAGAUCAGUAUUAAUAGUUUAAAAGAAACGCGAAAAUGUCAUUCCUUGUCGAUUCGUUAUUAAUGGUAUUUUCGUUGGUUUUGUUCUUCGGAGGAGGAUGGGUUUUCUUUUUGAAACAGUUAUACAGAGAUUAUGAGGUUCACCAUUCUAUCGUUUUGUUGGUGUUCUCCACAACCUUUGCCCUCUCAUGUAUUAUGUUUGAAUUGAUCAUCUUUGAAAUACUUGGUGUAAUGGAAUCAAGUUCUAGAUUCUUCCACUGGAAGCUGGGGCUCUAUGCCAUCUUGUUUGUGCUGAUUGCUGUUUUACCCUACUAUAUUGCAUACUAUUUGAUCCAGAAUAUUAGAAUUGUUCCACAGAAACGCCAUAUCCGUGUAUUUAUAGCAGCUGGGGCGUGGUGCCUUACUCUAUAUUUGUUUUGGAGGGUUGGAGACCCAUUUCCUAUUUUGAGCCCUAAACAUGGAAUCUUCUCCAUUGAGCAGUGUAUUGGGCGUGUGGGGGUGAUUGGGGUAACUCUGAUGGCAAUUCUGUCAGGGUUUGGUGCAGUUAACUGCCCUUACACUUACAUGUCUUACUUCAUAAGGCAUGUAACAGAAGCCGACAUCCAAAGCAUAGAAAAAAGACUGCUACAGACAUUAGACAGAAUUAUUGCUAAAAAGAAAAAAAUAGCCUUAUCAGAGAGAGACAGACUAAGACAAGCCAGUCUGUCUACACCAUCUAAAGGUAUAUGGGGUCUCCUUAAAAGUGCCGCCACAAGUGUCAGUGCUACCACACCAAGUUUGGGACCAUUGAAGCAAGAAACAGGUGCACUGGAGGAGCUGAGUCGUCAGCUGUUUUUGGAGACAGCGGAUCUGCAUGAUGCUAUGGACAGGAUAGAGUACUCAAAGACUUUCAAGGGGAGAUACUUUAAUGUCAUGGGUCACUUUUUCUCACUUUAUUGUGUAUACAAGAUUUUCAUGGCAACAAUCAACAUUAUUUUUGAUAGAGUUGGAAAAGUUGAUCCAGUUACAAAAGGAAUAGAAAUAGCUGUCAAGUAUUUUGGAUUUGAACUUGAUAUCAAGUUUUGGUCACAACAGAUCUCAUUUUUACUUGUUGGUGUUAUCAUAGUAACAUCUAUUAGAGGCUUUCUUAUAACACUGACUAGGUUUUUCUAUGCAAUAGCCAGCAGCAAAUCUUCCAAUGUUAUAGUUUUAUGUUUAGCUCAAAUUAUGGGCAUGUAUUUUGUGUCCUGUGUCCUGCUGAUGAGAAUGAACAUGCCUCAAGAAUACAGGCUGAUCAUAACAGAAGUACUGGGUGACCUUCAGUUCAAUUUUUAUCACAGAUGGUUUGAUGUGAUAUUCCUGGUCAGCGCCUUGUCCAGCAUUGGGUUCUUGUACAUAGCCCACAAUCAAUCGGCAGAGAAAACCUUACACAGAUGAAAAAAUGUUGCUCUGUUGCAAUCAUGUUUGGGGUUGCUUGCUCAUUUAUUGUUUGGCGUUAAUGGAAUGUGGUGUGUGUGAUAUGACAAAUGCUAGUUUGUCAGCUUUUAUAUGUAUUCUAUAUUUAGUGUAUUUGUUAAUGAAUUAUGCUGCUCUUUUGAAUUUAAUUUAUGAUUUUAAAAGAAUACAAGAUCACUUUUUUAAUCAUUAGAUGAGAAACUGCAGACAGUGAAUGAAGAUCAUAUUUCACUGUUUUAUUAUAGUUAUAACUAUAUGGUUACAUGGUAUUUAGAAAAAUUUUGUAACUUAAAAAAUGUUUGUGUGUAGACUCUUAAACUUUUAAAAAUUAUUUUUUAAUUUUUUUUUGUGAUAAAGAUUCCAAGCUUUGUAUUACUUUUUUUCUAAUAUAAAAUUCACACUGUCUUAACAUGUUUUUAUAUACCUUUUCUGCCAAGUCUUGAUUAAUCUUAGCAGCAUAUCUAACCACACUCUUAAUAAAGUUACUUCCCUUGUGCUGGUUCAAUAGUUUUACUACAUAGUGUCCAGCAGGUAAACUGUAACCAGGCUACCUGACCUUUUUAUACAUUAGAGCUAGCUUUGCUUGGGUCAUUACAUAAAAGUUGUGCAUACACUCUCCAAACCUAGGACAGGUACUCAUCUGAGCUGGUUGGACUCAGGUGUGUUCUAUUAUUUCAAACCUGAGACUGAUAGUGAAUUAUCACUGUGAUGCUGUGUUAUCAUACACUUCAGAGUUCAACCACUCCUCUUUAUUAAGUCUUUAUAUUAAUUUAUAACACCACUUUAUUAAGUCUUUAUAUUAAUUAUAAGAUGCCUAGUAUAUUCCUAAAGCGAUGUUAACACUUCUUCCUUUUUAUUUUAUCAGUUAAUUACAAAUUUGCAAUUUAUUGUAUAAUUCCAUCAUUAUUGUUGCAAAUGUGUAUAUAUGUACAAUGUAUGAAAAGAAACAA